AUGAAUCGAGCCUGGUUGUGUCUGCUGAUCUGCCUGGCCUUGAGCUGCGUUCCACGGCUAUCAGUAGCCCAGGAUCAAUCAGCAGCCCAGGAUCAUGCAUCGAACCAAACGACAGCGAAUCCGCUGCUGAAACAAUCGCAGAACACAUUCAUCCAAUGGGUUCUCUCACUUUUGCCACAACGUCCCGGUGCCUCUGACUCGGAAAAUGCCACUCUGGCCACCUUGAGCAGCAGCUCCGUGAUGCCGGACGCGGCAUCCACCACAUCCACCACCACACCAGGGCCAUCAUCCAGCACCACCACAACCCGGAGGGCAACCACUCCGGCACCACCCACUUUGAAUCCGCCGAGGAAUUGCAGCGACUGUGUCUGCGGCAUUGCCAAUAUACAGAAGAGAAUCGUCGGUGGUCAGGAGACGGAGGUGCAUCAGUACCCCUGGGUGGCCAUGUUGCUAUAUGGCGGAAGGUUUUAUUGCGCCGCCUCCCUACUUAACGAUCAAUUCCUCUUGACCGCAUCCCAUUGCGUCUAUGGUUUCCGCAAGGAAAGAAUCUCGGUGAGAUUACUGGAACACGAUCGCAAGAUGUCGCACAUGCAAAAGAUCGAUCGCAAGGUGGCCGAGGUGAUCACGCAUCCCAAGUAUAAUGCCCGGAACUAUGACAACGAUAUAGCCAUCAUCAAGUUGGAUGAGCCGGUGGAGUUCAAUGAGGUGCUCCAUCCCGUUUGUAUGCCAACGCCGGGCAGAAGUUUCAAGGGCGAAAAUGGCAUAGUCACUGGCUGGGGAGCACUCAAAGUUGGUGGACCCACUUCCGAUACACUUCAGGAGGUUCAAGUGCCCAUUUUGUCGCAGGACGAAUGCCGCAAGAGUCGCUAUGGCAACAAGAUCACGGAUAAUAUGUUGUGUGGAGGAUACGACGAGGGUGGUAAGGACUCGUGCCAGGGCGACAGUGGAGGUCCUUUGCACAUCGUGGCCAGCGGAACGCGAGAGCAUCAGAUCGCCGGCGUGGUCUCAUGGGGCGAGGGCUGUGCCAAGGCCGGUUAUCCUGGCGUCUAUGCCAGAGUGAAUCGCUAUGGUACCUGGAUCAAGAACCUCACCAAACAGGCUUGCCUCUGCCAGCAGGAGACCAAGAAGAUCAAGUAG